CAGUAUCUUUUCGUAGUCUGGUCUUCCCAGUUCACCAUCUCUCACCGAACCAACUAGUAGGAGCAUCACAAUGAAAACAUUGGUGUUGUUAGGGUUAGCCACGCUGUUGGUUUUAAGUUCAGCGGCCGAGGACAAGAAAGAGGCCGAAGAAGUGAAACCAGUCGAGCAGGCUGACAAGAAGCAGGAUAAGCGUGGCAUCUUCGACCAUGAUUUUGGUGGACAUGACUUCGGUGGACAUGACUUCGGCGGACAUGACUUCGGGGGCCAUCACGAACAAAUUGAACAUCAUGAUCAUCACGUUGACUACCAUCCACAUCACGAGAAGACCCUGACCGUCAUCAAAAAGGUCCCAGUUCCAUACCCAGUGGAGAAGCACAUUCCAUACCCAGUAGAGAAGCACAUCGCAGUGCCCGUCAAGGUUGGUGUGCCAAAGCCUUACCCAGUGUACAAGACUGUUCACUACCCAGUGAAGGAGAUCGUCAAGGUGCCAUACAAUGUGCCAGCUCCUUACCCCGUUGAAAAGAAGGUCCCAUACCCAGUCCAUGUCCCUGUUGACCGUCCAGUCCCAGUCAAGGUAUACGUGCCAGCCCCAUACCCAGUAGAGAAGAAGGUCCAUUACCCAGUCAAGGUCCAUGUCCCAGCCCCAUACCCAGUUGAGAAGAAGGUCUAUGUCCCGGUCAAGGUCCCAGUCCAUGUUGAAAAGCCAUACCCAGUUGAGAAGGUUGUGCACUACCCAGUCCAUGUUCCAGUUGACCGUCCAGUCCCAGUCCAUGUCAGCAAGCCAGUGGCAGUCCCAGUAGAUAAGCCAGUUCCAUACCCAGUCUACAAGAACAUCCCAUACCCAGUCCAUGUCCCAUAUGACCGUCCAGUUGCAGUGCACGUUGAUAAACCAGUGCCAGUCCCAGUCAAGGUCCCAGUACCACAACCCUACCCAGUCGUUAAGCACAUCCCGUACCCAGUCGAGAAGCACGUCCCAUAUCCAGUCAAGGUCCCUGUCGAUCGCCCAGUCCCAUAUACUAUCGAGAAGCACAUCCCUUAUGAAGUCGAGAAGCCAGUACCAUACCAUGUCCAGGUCCCAGUUCAUGUUCCAGUCCACCACGAGGAACACCAUCAUGAACAUCAAGAAGAAUCCCAUCAAUUUGAAGGCCACGAUUUCCACCAUGAACAUCACCACUAAAAAGAGAUAAUAUUGUGAUAACCCCCCCCCCCCCCCCCACUUAAUCGAAAAUAGUUACCUCCUAGUUCCUGAAAUACUAACCCAAAACCCAAUCCCCCUCGAAAAACAAAAAAAAGCCCCCCAAAGAAACUAACCGAUCAUUCGUAUUCGACCGUAAGAAUGACCUGAAUUUCAAUGAACUACAACGUUCAAACGUUCGUGAUAUUGACUAAGUUACCAUAAUUGCCUGUGUAAGUUUACAUUAGAAGAGCUUCAUACAAGCGAAAAUACUCACCGGAACAAUCAUACACCAAGCAACAACAACAACUAUUUCAAGAUUAAGUCAAAACCGACCGGAAAAUCAUGAUCGGAAACGGUGAGUGGCUUUCCCUGCUUGCCAGAAGGAAAGCUAGCACGUUUCUCAUAAAUUUUCCACCCCAUACGAAGCCCGAAACAGCGAAACGGGCUGAAUUGUUAUUUGUUUAUCAAUUAUUAACGAUUGAUGCACAUUGGAUCAAUCGACCGAACAGAGUGAAAAAAAAAAUGAUUUAAAAAAGACUUAUUAAAAAAAAAUGAACCAAAAAAUUAAAA